AUUUUUAUUACCCACAGCUACCAAGUUAGAAGGCGCUAAAUUCGAAAAUGAAGUUUAUAUAACUUAAAAUAAUUAAAAAAUUAUAUAAAGUAUUUUAAGCAAAAAAUUUUAGCAAAAUAAAUAAAAUAAUGUUAAAAAUAGUUGAAAACAAAAAAAAAGUUUUUUUUAUUAAUAGUAUUUGGAAACCUAAUUUUUAAGCAUAGCCGCAAUGUUCGUAUCAAGAUAUCGACCAGUAGUUUACCUGCAAAUAUUUUUCAUAUUAAUUGAUAUAUUUGUUAAUACUUCUUCAUCAUUUCUACUGAGAAAAAGUAAAGUCGUAACAUUAGUCGCAUUUGUGAUUCAGGAUGUAUGCAUGAUUCUUGCACUGAUUGUUUUGUUUUUAGUAUUUUUCAAUACUUUUGUCUUUCAAGCUGGACUUGUAUUUUUACUCAUACGAAAGUUUAAAGCUACAAUACUAACAAUACUUCUUUAUUUUGCAUUAUCAGUUGUACUGCACAUUAUUACUAUGAGAAGAACAUCAAAUUUUGAAAUAAACUUCAUUUGGACUGAUGCACUUCAAGCAUUGUAUACUUUACAAAGAAUUGGAUCAAUUACUUACUACUUUAGUUAUAAGCGUGCCAUUUUGAAAUUGGCUCAUCCUAAAUAUUAUAGAGAUACUGAAUGGCUAAGAAAAGAAUUUGAUCAUGUCCAAUAAAAUUCAGAUUUUUUUAAGUAAAUACAAACACAUACAUACACACUUAUGCACACACAUAUAUAUACACACACUAGUAAUACUAUUAAAAUGUAAAUAAUAUUAUAAAUGGAAGAGUGUU